GCUUGGAGUCCACCAUUGGCUAUUCUCCCCGAACUCUAAGAGAUUCACAGCGACGAUUCGAGUAAGAAUCAAAACGAUUCACACUAAGCGUAGUAGCCACUAGCUGUCUCAAGUUAUGGAAGUAAAUAACGGGGAUCACCUACCAGAGCGCGUUGGCUACAUCACUCGCGUACAGAGCUUCAGCGCUUGCCAUCGCUUGCACAGCAAGGCACUGAGUGAUGAAGAGAAUAAGAAGGUAUUUGGGAAAUGCAACAACCCAAAUGGUCAUGGCCACAACUACAAAGUGGAAGUUACAGUGCGUGGGAAGAUUGAUAGAAGAACAGGGAUGGUGAUGAACCUAACAGACCUUAAACUGUACAUUGAGGAGGCCAUUAUGAUACCUCUUGACCAUAAAAACCUGGACAAAGAUGUGCCUUACUUUGCUGAUGUGGUCAGCACCACUGAAAACCUGGCAGUGUUCAUCUGGGACAGUUUAGCGAAGCUCCUGCCACCCAACCUACUCUACGAAAUCAAAGUGCACGAGACAGACAAAAAUAUUGUGGUGUACCGUGGCGAGUAGACCGUGUGUGUGUGUGUGUGUGUGUGUGUGUGUGUGUGUGUGUGUGUGUGUGUGUGUGUGUGUGUGUGUGUGUGUGUGUGUGUGUGUUUGUCUGUGUGUGUGUGUGUGUUUGUCUGUGUGUGUGUGUGUGUUUGUGUGUGUGUGUGUGUGUGUGUGUGUGUGUGUGUGUGUGUGUGUGUGUGUGUGUAGAUCUACAUAUAUGGACCUCGGCUUCCCUACAUCACGGCUGAGCUGGACCUCUGAGUGCCUUGUUGUGUGGUGGAGUUCCUGGGAGCCGAGGCUGCACUGGAUUAGUGUACGUCAACAGGUACACUGCCUGGUCAAGGACCUGUGUGUUCAGAUUGAUCCUUCUGAACAAGAGGGAUUAUAUUACCCUGGUUGGGAUAAUCUCCCCCCUCCUCUCCCCUCCUCUACUCCUCCACAACUCCAAUCCCCAGUUAAUUAAAAGUGCUUGUACUUCCCUACAGGCUGUUUGGAGAACUAAAAUUCAUUACAAUAAAAUUGAUUCAAUUGUUUGAUUAAAAAAAAUGC